AGCAGAGCGGACUGACCCAUUUCUGAUCUAAAUCACUGCUAGCGCUCAUUGUGAGAUACAGCAACCACUUCUGUAGGCUUUCUGAAACUGCCAAGACCUUUGCAAAUGCAAGCAAUUAAAUGUGUGGUGGUCGGGGACGGGGCUGUGGGAAAGACCUGUUUGCUAAUCAGCUACACCACCAAUGCCUUCCCCGGAGAGUACAUACCCACUGUCUUUGACAACUACUCUGCCAAUGUGAUGGUCGAUGGGAAACCAGUGAAUCUGGGUCUAUGGGAUACAGCAGGACAGGAAGACUACGACAGACUCCGACCACUGUCCUAUCCACAGACGGAUGUGUUCUUGAUAUGCUUCUCCCUGGUCAGCCCGGCCUCCUUUGAGAACGUCCGAGCUAAGUGGUACCCAGAGGUGAGACACCACUGCCCCAACACCCCCAUCAUCCUGGUGGGCACUAAACUGGAUCUGAGAGAUGACAAGGACACCACAGAGAGGCUGAGGGACAAGAAGCUGUCCCCCAUCACCUACCCCCAGGGCCUGGCCAUGGCACGGGAGAUAGGUCAGUGCUGUGAAGUACCUGGAGUGCUCGGCCCUGACCCAGCGAGGGUUGAAGACGGUAUUUGACGAGGCCAUCCGUGCUGUGCUGUGCCCCCCACCCGUCAAGAAGAGGGGCAAGAGGUGCACAGUGUUCUGAGGGCUCUUAUUGUUCCAGGAUCAACCUCCAACAUAGUGGCCAUCGUCAUGACGAUACAUCUGGUACACUAAAACAUCACCAUAACAAUCACUACUUCUCUUCGGGACAAGUCCUAACUUGAAACACCACGUAACGGCAAUUUUAACUGACGUUUGUGUCAAUAAUGGAUUCAUGUCAAUGGAAUAUUUGAUCUCAAGUUAGGAUUGGCCCCAAGAGAAAUAAAUACUGGAUUUUUUUUUACAAUAGGAAGAUCAUUUGAUCAGGUGUAAAGAUGUGUCGUCAAGUUGCCAUUUGUUUGUUUUUACACAGAGGAAAGCACUUGAGGUGUCUACUCUCACUCAUAUAACCCUACUCCCUCUCAGUCCUGUUAGCUUGAGUUGAUACAGCACUCAAAACAGUCUGUACUGUGAAUCUGUCGCUCUGGGUUGAAGUUGUUCUUAGGUACAGAUUUAGGAUCAACGUUCCCGCCUCAAGUCCUAAACUUGACCAUUACGGGGAAAAAACACAUGACCUUAGAUCAGUGAUUAGGGGCAAUUUCACCCUACUCUGUGAAGUGAAUAAUGUGACAAACAGACAAGAAUGACAUGGGAGCUGUACAACCUGGCUACCUGAGGAAUGCCUCUGAUGGAGGUGCUUGCAUUGGUUUAAACAAUAUGUCUUUAUUUUCCAAUUAUUUUAAUCUACCCAUGCAUGUCACUGUAUGUGUGAGAGAGUAAAAUUUCAAGCAGUGUCAUGUUUCUGAUACUAUUACUGCAUUGUAGUGAUAGACAAGACUUUGCUCCAAACUGUUAAUUCAGCAAAAGGGAAAUGGAUGAUCACAACCGUGGUCUGUUUUAUGUGUUACACAAACUGAGUAUAGUGAUAAUGUACAAAAUAAUAUUUAGAGGAGGAAUGCAUUAUGGAUAUAUCUAUUUAUUAUGGACCUGAAUAUUUAGCUCUUUAAUUCCAGAAGAAAAGGAUAAUACUAACCAGGUUUCCAUCCAACCUUUUUAGUGGAAACACUUUCAUGUGCAAAUAUUGAUAUAUUAACUGUCAUAUGGAAUAACCCCACUGCACCUGCGAACUGUUGGCUUGAGCGCACAUGCCCAUACCAGAGUGGGCACAUUUGCUAUUUAACAAAAAAAAAUGUUUUUGUGUUGAAUGAAAUGGACUUGUAUUCGUUUUAUUUGGUACAUGGGAAUUUAACCGCAAAAGUAAUUUUUGUGACCUACGUCAUCACACAGACUUUUAUCUACAAGUCAAUUUGAUUGAAACAUUUCUCUGGUGGGAAACUGCGCAUUUAAAAAAGGGGGGGGGGGAUUUUAGAAUGUGUGCAUAAAAAUCUGCCGCCAAUUGGAUGGAAACCUAGCUAGUAACUCACUUUUAAUCUAUAGAUCUCAUAUCGCAAAACAAUGUAAUUAAUUAACGAGUGCGUUUCUGUGGUUGUUGUAGACCUGCAGUAUAACUGUUUCUUCCCCUGUAGUGGUGAGAUAAAGGAAUGCAUUCUUCUCUGUCAUCAAAUAAAAUAAAAUUGUAUUUGUCACAUGCGCUGAAUACAACGGUUGUGGACCGUGAAAUGCUUCCAAGCCCCUAACCAAUGCAGUUUUAAGAAAAUGGAGUUAAGAAAAUAUUAUUACAAUAAUGAGGCUAUGUACAGGGGGUACCGGUGCUGCGUCAAGGGGGUACAGGUUAGUUGAGGUAAUUUGUACAUGUAGGUAGGGGUAAAGUGAAUAUAGAUAAUAAACAACGAGUAGCAGCAGUGUAAAAAAUUAAAGGGGUGGGGGGGGGGGGGGUCAAUGCAAAUAGUCCAGGUGGCCAUUUUUAUGAAUUGUGUGUUAUGGCUUAGGGGUAGAAGCUGUUAAGGAGCCUUUUGGACUUAAGACUUGGUGCUCCAGUACCGCUUGCCGUGCGGUAGCAGAGAGAACAGUCUAUUACUUGGGUGACUGGAGUCUUUGACAAUUUUUUGGGGCCUUCCUCUGACACUGCCCAGUAUAUAGGUCUUGGAUGGCAGGAAGCUUGGCCCCAGUGAUGUACUGGACUGUACACACUACCCUCUGUAGUGUUUUAUGCUUGAAUGCUGAGCAGUUGCCAUACCAGGAGGUGAUGCAAACGGUCAGGAUGCUUUUGGUACAGCUGUAGAAAUUUUGAAAGAUCUGGGGACCCAUGCCAAGUCUUUUCUGUCUCCUGAGAGGGAAAAGUUGUUGUUGUGCCCUCUUCACAACUGUUUUGGUGUGUUUGGACCAUGAUAGUUUGUUGCUGAUGUGGACACCAAGGAACUUGAAACUCUCGACCCGCUCCACUACAGCCCCAUUGAUGUGAAUGGGUGUGUGUUUGGCCCUCCUUUUCCUGUAGUCCACGAUCAACUCCUUUGUCUUGCUUACAUUUUGGGAGAAGUUGUUGUUGUCCUGGCACUACACUGCCAGGUCUCCGACGACCUCCCUAGUGGCUGUCUCAUCGUUGUCGGUGAUCAGGCCUACCACCGUUGUGUCGUCAACAAACUUAAUGGUGGUGUUGAAGUCGUGCUUGACCACACAGUUGUGGGUGAACAGGGAGUACAGGAGGAGACUAAGCACGCACCCCUGAGGGGCCCCCGUGUUGAGGAUCAGUGUGGUAGAUGUGAUGUUUCCUACCCUUACUACCUGGAGGCGGCCCAUCAGGGAGGUUUUUGUCCCAGGGUCCGUAGCUUAGUGAUGAGCUUUGUGGGCACUAUGGUGUUGAACACUGAGCUGUAGUCAAUAUUGAAGCAUUCUCACAUAGGUGUUCCUUUUGUCCAAGUGGGUGACCAGCGAGCUGAGAUAACGGGGGACUUUACCUAGCAAGGUCUUGUAGAUUAACUUUGCCUGUUUGAUGGUUUGUCUGAGGGCAUAGUAGGAUUUUUUUUAUACACGGAUUCGUGUCCCCCUCUUUGAAAUCGGCAACUCUAGCCUUUAGUUCGGUGUGGAUGUUGCCUGUAAUCCAUGGCUUCUGGUUGGGAUAUGUACGUAUGGUCACUGUGGGGAUGACGUCGUCAAUGCAUUUCUUGAUAAAGCCGGUGAUUGAGGUGGUAUAUUCCUCAAUGCCAUUGGAUGAAUCCUGGAACUUAUUCGUCUGUGCUAGCAAAACCAGUCCUGUAGCAUUAUUGUUUUAUUUCACCUUAAUUUAACCAGGUAGGCCAGUUGAGAACAAGUUCUCAUUUACAAUUGCGACCUGGCCAAGAUCAAGCAAAGCGGUGCGUCUAACCAGACACCUAGGUAGUUGUCCACAUCUGAGAAUCACCAGCACUCCUUUAUUAUUAGACAUUGAGAACAAAGUGUUAUUGACAAAUAGGCACACACCACCACCCCUUGUCUUACCGGACUGUUCUACUGUUCUAUCCUACCGAUGCACGGAAAAGUCAGCCAACUACAUUAUCCUGGUUGUUGUUCAGCCACGACUCUGUGAAACAUAAGAUAUUACAGUGUUUAAUGUCCUGUUGGUAGGAUAGUCAAUAACGGAGCUCAUCCAGUUUAUUCUCCAGUGAUUGCACGUUGGCCAAUUUAACGGAUGGUGGAGGCGGGAUACCACCUCGCCGACGAACUCUCACAAGGCACCCAGAUCUGCGUCCUCUGUAUCUCCGUCUUUUCUUUGUGCAAAUGACAGGAAUUUGGGCCUGGUCCGGGAGCAACAGUAUAUCUUUCGCGUCAGACUUAUUCAAGAAAAAAUCUUCAUCCAGUUUGAGGUGUAUAAUCGCUGUUCUGAUAUCCAUAAGCUGGUUUCGGUCAUAGGAGAUGGUAGCAGUAACAUUAUGUACAAAAUAAGUUAAAAACAAUGUGAAAAAAACACAAAAUAGCACAAUUGGUUAGGAGCCCGUAAAACGGCAGCUAUCCCCCCCGGCACUAUUAUUAUUUGUCAUAAAUAUGUUGUCUGGCAUAACAACUGUCUGGUUGAAUAAUGAGUGUCUGGUCCUGUCCAAGUUGUCAAUACUGCCUCUCGGUAGCCAUUUUUCCUGAGACACAAAUCUCGGAGCAGCUAACCAUUCCUCAGACAUAAUUUCAUCCUAUUCCUCAAUGCUGUAGUUCAGAACUCUGAAAAUAUGCUAAAUACUACUGCACAGAUAUGAACUGGUGAUUCAAACCCAUUGUUAUUAAGAAAGCUUUUUUUAAUGCACUGGCAAUGAGACGACUUGUGUAAUGGUUUAAUUAUUUUUCUUUUUUGUGACUUCACAUGUCAGUGUUGUGAAAUAUUUACAUUUUGUAUAAUAAAUACAAAUGUAUAUG